CGGGCUCGUCAAUCACCUUUGACGGAUCUCGACUCUCCGCGUGUUGGAGCUGGAGAUGGAACUCUGCAGCCCACCAUUUCAAUACGAUCUGCAACGCACAGGGGCUGCACCUGCACUGCACCUGCACCGUACAUCUCGCCCUUCAACCAUCAUCCCUCCAGCGCCGCUGAUCAACACGCUUUGCCGCAGCUGCCGCGCUUCAGCUCACAUCAGCUCAGCCCGCUGGAGCUGCACGAAGCUCCUCCAACGGCAGCCUCACCAAUCUCUCAACCAACAACGCGACAGCGUCAGCACGGCCUCUGCCAACGCCGCCGCUAAGUUGGCCUCAGCACGCCAGAGACGCACACAGAAAGUCUACAAUCUACGGCUAAACAGCGCACCGCCCAUCCUUACAUCCGCUGUGCGACACAGCAAUGUCAUACACACCCCAGGACCAGCCCGACUUGCUUCCGCUCGCUCGUCUGAUCAGCCGUUAGUGCCCGUCAGAGCUUCCGACGGGCUGGUCGGGCUCAACGGCACUGCCGACUACCAGCGACAGACAGCCGGCAAAGCCUCUCCAACAAAAUGAUGCCCCUUCAAUGUGAUCCUAUUCACUAGUGCUCCUUCGCUGUCG